AUGAGUUCACCGACAGAAACUAGGAAUAUUCAAGAACCACAAGAAGUGGAAGAAAUAAAAAGAGAAGAGGUAUGUUUUUGAAAAUUCUAAUUAUAAAACUGAAAUAAAUUUUCAGAUCAUUCCCAAAGUCGAAGAUCCAGUUCACAUCGAACUCUUCCCAGUUCUCUCAGAAUCAAUCGACUAUAUUCUCGGUCUACCUGCUUUUCCAGACACGUUGCAAGUCAAUUUCAACAAAUUGUAAGCUCAUUUAUUUAACAAAGUGUUUUGUUGUCUUCUAAAUUUAAAUAAUAAAUUUUGAACGUGAACCGUGUUAUUUUUCAUCGCCGCACUUCAUUUUCAUUUUCUCAGGACUCCCAUUAAUCAGUGUCGACGUCAGAAAAUGUUGCCGGAUAAUUUUGGAGGGUAAUUUUUUUGAUAUUUUUCGAAAAAGAAAAUUGAAAUUGUUUAGGCAUCCGAUCAAGAAUCAAGAUGAUUAUUAUGUGAUAAUGAUGGGAUUUCUGCCAAAAACUUCACUCGUUACGGUUCUUGGAAAAAACAAAGUGUUGUUGUGAGUUUUCAGAAAAAUUAGAUCAAGGCCUUUCAUUUUUCCAUCCACACAACAACAUUCUUUUCAGGAAAGUUAUCACUCAUUGUCUCCGCCUUCUUCAUAACAAUGAGACUUUGCAGUUCAAAAUUUUGGAUAAGAAAAACAAGGCUCCACGAGAAAUCAAACUUCUAACAAUUAUGAAACAACUUUUACCAGUAUUUCGUCAACCGGAGAAUGAUUCGAAAGAUGAGAUAUUCAGCAGUUUUAUUCAAUAUUUAUUUGAACUUCAACCUGGACCACAUUCAGAUAAUAAUUAUCGAGUUGCAAGAGAUAUCAGACAUCAAGGUUUGUUUUUUUCAUUUUGGAUAACUUAUGUAUAAAAUACAAUAUUUUAUAGGAAUCAGUCAAAAAGUACUUGUAAAAAGUGGAGAAACAUUUCACGAUAGUUUGGGAAUUUUAUUGAUCAAGAUUGAUCUUAUCAAAAGUGUUGAAGAAUUUGAGAGAACGCAUAAUACACAUUCGAAUGCAAUAAUUCCAAACAAUAAUAUUAUUCACAUUGAAUAA